UCCCCAAAACGUACGCCGGGUGGCGACCGAGUACAGCCGAGAGCCGGGCCGUCGGCCGGCGUUGUGUGGAAAUUCCCGGGCCGGGUACCUCAGGCUGAUCUCCGGGAGAUGAGAGGCGGGGUGCGGGCCGGGACCCCGGGGGGGCAGGAGGAGGCGGGGAGGGGCCCUAAGGAGGGGGGAGGACAGAGAGGGCCUCAUGAGGUAGAUGUGUCUGAGGGGACAGGGGGACAGAGAGCUGAGGAGUCAGGGGAGCAGACAUUUGGGGUGUCAGAGGGGCUGGAAGGUGGGGUGUGUGGAAGGACAGGGGUGCAGGAAGGUGAAGAGAUAGGGGUGCAGGCAGGUGGGAUGUCUGAGGGACCCGGGGUUCAGGAAUUUCGGGUGUCUGGGGUUACAGGGGUGCAGGAAGGUGAAGAGAUAGGGGUGCAGACAGGUGAGGUGUCUGAGGGACCCGGGGUUCAGGCAUUUGGGGUGUCAGGAGUGCAGGAAGGUGAAAAGAUAGGGGUGCAGACAGGUGAGGUGUCUGAGGGACCCAAGGUUCAAGGAUUUGGGGUGUCUGAGGGGACGGGAAUGCUGGAAUUUGGGGCAUCUGAAGGGACAGAGUUUCAGGGAUUUGGGGUGUCUGAGGGGACAGGAAUGCUGGAAUUUGGGGUGUCUGAGGGGACAGGAAUGCUGGAAUUUGGGGUGUCUGAGGGGACAGGAAUGCUGGAAUUUGGGGUGUCUGAGGGGACAGAGUUUCAGGGAUUUGGGGUGUCUGAGGGGACAGAGUUUCAGGGAUUUGGGGCAUCUGAGGGGACAGGAAUGCUGGAAUUUGUGGUGUCUAAGGGGACAGGUGUUCAGGAAUUUUGGGUGUCUGGGGUUACAGGGGUACAGGAAGGUGAAGAGAUAGGGGUGCAUACAAGUGGGGUGUCUGAGGGGACAAGAGUGCAUAAAUUAGGGGUGUCUGAGGGGACAGGAAUGCUGGAAUUUUGGGGGUCUGGGGUUACAGGGGUACAGGAAGGUGAAGAGAUAGGGGUGCAUACAAAUGGGGUGUCUGAGGGGACAAGAGUGCAGAAAUUAGGGGUGUCUGAGGGGACAGGAGUGCAGAAAUUAGGGGUGUCUGAGGGGACAGGAGUGCAGAAAUUAGGGGUGUCUGAGGAGACAGGAGUGCAGAACGAUGAAGAGUCAGGUGUGCAUACAAGUGGGGUGUCUGCGGGGACAGGAGUGCAGAAAUUAGGGGUGUCUGAGGGGACAGGAGUGCAGAAAUUAGGGGUGUCUGAGGAGACAGGAGUGCAGAACGAUGAAGAGUCAGGUGUGCAUACAAGUGGGGUGUCUGCGGGGACAGGAGUGCAGAAAUUAGGGGUGUCUGAGGGGACAGGAAUGCAGAACGGUGAAGAGUCAGGGGUGCAGGAUUUUGGGGUGUCUGAGAUGACAGGAGUAUGGGAAGGUGAGUUGCGUGGAAGGACAGGAGAGGUACAGGAAGGUGAAGAGAUAGGAGUGCAGACAGGUGGGAUGUCUGAGGGACCCGGGGUUCAGGGAUUUGGGGUGUCUGGGGUUACAGGGGUACAGGAAGGUGAAGAGAUAGGGGUGCAGACAGGUGGGAUGUCUGAGGGGACAAUGGUUCAGGAAUUAGGGGUGUCUGAGGGAACAGUGGUGCAGGAAUUUGGGGUGUCUGACAGGACAGGUGUGCAGGAAUUAGGGGCAUCUGAGGGGACAGUGGUGCAGGAAUUUGGGGCGUCUGAGAAGACAGUGGUGCAGGAAUUUGGGGUGUCUGAGGUUACAGGGGUGCAGGAAUUUGUGGUGUCUGAGGUUACAGUAGUGCAGGAAUUUGGGGUAUCUGAGGGGACAUUGGUGCAGGAAUUUGGGGUGUCUGAGGUUACAGGGGUGCAGGAAUUUGGGGUAUCUGAGGGGACAGGGGUGCAGGAAUUAGAGGUAUCUGAGGUUACAGUGGUGCAGGAAUUUGGGGUAUCUGAGGGGACAGUGGUGCAGGAAUUUGGGGUAUCUGAGGGGACAGGGGUGCAGGAAUUUUGGGUAUCUGAGGGUACAGGGGUGCAGGAAUUAGGGGUAUCUGAGGGGACAGUGGUGCAGGAAUUAGGUGUGUCUGAGGGGACAGGGGUGCAAGAAUUAGGGGUAUCUGAGGUUACAGGGGUGCAGGAAUUAGGGGUGUCUGAGUGGACAGUGGUGCAGGAAUGUGGGGAAUCUGGGGGUACAAGGGUGCAGGAAUUAGGGGUGUCUGAGGGGACAGUGGUGCAGGAAUUAGGGGCAUCUAAGGGGACAGUGGUGCAGGAAUUUGGGGUAUCUGAGGGGACAGUGGUGCAGGAAUUUGGGGUGUCUGAGGGGACAGGGGUGCAGGAAUUUGGGGUAUCUGACGGUACAGGGGUGCAGGAAUUAGGGGUAUCUGAAGGUACAGGGGUGCAGGAAUUUGUGGUGUGUGAAGGUACAGGGGUGCAGGAAGGUGAUCUGUUUUGGGGUCCAGCACAGAAACAUUUUGUGGCCCCGGGGAAGGAACGGCAGAAGAUUGCAGAGGUUCAGGAAGGGUUAAUGACGAAGGGGAAGGGGAUUGGUGUAGAUGAGGAAGAAGCCGCCGGUUUGUGUAUAAUGCAGAAGCUGGAAGAAGUGGCGGGCCCGGCACCAAUGACCCCGGAGGAGACCGCCCUGAAUUACGCCCAGCUGCUCACUGCUGACACCUGCACAGAGGCGCAAGGCUUGGAAAACGCCACCGAGGAGAUGCUGACCCGCCUGGACGAGUUCUGCGCCAUGGUGGACAUGGUCAGAAACGAAUCUUCUAUUAUUCUGGAAGAUAAAAUCCCGGCUGUGAAAUUCAAAGUGGAGGAACUGAACCAGAUCUACAAGCGAGUAGAUAAGUUGGAGGCCUUUGUGAAGAUGGUUGCCCAUCAUGUGUCCUUCAUGGAAGAGGAGGUGACUCGGGCAGAGAAGGAUCACCUGUCGCUACCUCAAGCCUUUAAUAGAAUACUGUCCGCUGCUUCCAUCCCUUCCUUCCUUCGGAUCGAUGGUGGCACAGGAAUAAUACAGAAAAAUACAAAGAAAAAUAAGACAAAUAAACCAGUUAGAAGUACCGCAGUUCUUCACGAGGAUGCCUUACUUUCAUGGAAGAUCUUAUUUUAUAAAUUUUAAAACUGGACGAGGGGAACCAAACCAACUUUAGAAAGGAACAGAGCCAGGGCAUGGACAACAGGUUCCUGGAGCUCCGUGCACUGCCAAGGCAGCAGGCAACUUGACCUACCAGACUGAUCUUCUAACAGAAAUAUCAAUUUUGGGGUGCAUUGACCAUCAUUACCUGUCCUAUGUAUUCAGUUUUUUUUUUUGCUUUUCUUUUAGCAAGGCAUCAAGAAGCAAAACACCUACGAGCUGCCAACACUCUACAGGACAGAAGAUUACUUUGACAGAACCCCCAACUAC